AUGUUGAGAAACCUUUCGAAAUCAGCUGCCCGAAUGGCCAAAAAACCAGCACCUCUUUUCGGUCGCUCCCUUCUGACCCUCACACUCAACACCACCACGGACUCGUACCCCACAAAUCACUUUGAAAAAGGUACCGAGCCUUACUUGACCCCAUCUUUCAUCGACAACCAGUUGGUAAAGUCGGAGUCCCAAACAUGGUUUGACAUUCACGAUCCAGCCACCAACGAGGUGAUCUCCAAAGUGCCCCAGCUGACUCCCCAGGAGCUCGACGAUGCUAUCGCCUCUGCUGAGAAGGCUUUCCACGAGUGGAAGAACUACUCCAUCAUCAAGAGACAAGGCAUUGCCUUCAAGUUUGUUGAGUUGUUGAAAAAGAAUCACGACAGACUCGCUGGUAUGAUUGUGUUGGAGCAAGGCAAGACAUUCCCUGACGCCAAGGGUGACGUUUUGCGUGGUUUGCAAGUUGCAGAGGCUGCUUGCAAUGCUCCCAACGACUUGAUGGCCUCUUCUUUGGAGGUGGCCACCGAUAUGGAAACUAAAAUGGUCAGAGAGCCCUUGGGUGUAAUUGGCUCGAUCUGUCCUUUCAACUUCCCUGCUAUGGUGCCCUUGUGGAGUUUGCCAUUGGUGCUUGUCACCGGUAACACUGCCGUGAUCAAGCCUUCUGAGAGAGUGCCAGGAGCCGCCAUGAUCAUUGCUCAAUUGGCUGCUGAGGCUGGUGUUCCUCCAGGUGUGUUGAACAUUGUCCACGGUAAGCACGACACCGUCAACAAGAUCAUUGAGGAUCCUAGAGUCAAGGCCAUUAACUUUGUUGGUGGUGACAAGGCAGGUAAGUACAUCUACGAGAAGGGUACAUCUUUGGGCAAGAGAGUCCAAGCCAACCUUGGAGCCAAGAAUCACUUGAUUGUGUUGCCAGACGCUGACAAGAACCACUUCAUCAAUGCCGUCAACGGUGCUGCUUUCGGAGCCGCUGGCCAAAGAUGUAUGGCUAUUUCUGUGCUUGUCACUGUGGGUGAGAAGACCAAGCAGUGGGUUGAGGAAGUUGCCUCCGAUGCUGCCAAGUUGGUUACUGGUUCCGGUUUCGACCCCAAGUCCGACUUGGGCCCACUUGUGAACCCAGAGUCUUUGACCAGAGCCAAGGAGAUCAUCAACGACUCCGAGAAACAAGGUGCCAAAGUGAUUCUCGACGGUAGAAACUUCAAGCCAUCCGACCCCAAGUUCGCCAAAGGUAACUUCUUGGGUCCUACCAUCUUAACCAACGUGAAGCCCGGCAUGAGGGCCUACGACGAGGAGAUUUUCGCUCCAGUGUUGUCUGUUGUCAACGUCGACACAUUUGACGAGGCCAUUGCCUUGGUCAACUCCAACAGAUACGGAAAUGGUGUUUCGUUGUUCACCAGCGCAGGCGCCGCUGCACAGAAAUUCACCAAGGAGAUUGCAUGUGGUCAGGUCGGAGUGAAUGUGCCAAUCCCCGUGCCAUUGCCGAUGUUCUCCUUCACCGGUAACAAGGGCUCCUUCUUGGGAGACUUGAACUUCUAUGGUAAGGCUGGUGUGACGUUCUUGACUCAGCCCAAGACCAUCACCACCCUCUGGAGAACCAGCACGGUGGACCAGGUGUUGGCACCAUCGACGGCCAUGCCAACACAGCACUAG